AUGGGACCGGGUUCGAUCCCGGUGUACACCAAUGAAUAUUUUCAAUAUUUAAGUGUAUUAUGCUGCUCAGCUCAAAAAAAUAAAACGAGUCCAACCAUAAAAGUUUACUCCCUACCGAAGUCGCUCGUAACCUUGACCCGGGUUAGAAAUUUUUCUAAAUUCAAAUGUGUUUUUGCUCUUUAUUCAUACAAUAUUAUUCAACAAUUGCCAUAUGAAUCUGAGCCAGACCCACUAGAGGUUCGAGAAAUAAGUCGAGAUCAUUGUUACAAAGCAUAUCAGCUGGGUGUCUGGAGUCCCAUCAGCACUAAAAAGCUAGAGGGUAUCGUAAAACUCGCCUGUGCACUCGAAAGCGGGAGAUACGUCGCCAGGGAUAUCGUUCAACCCAAAAAAAGUACUUCAUUGAAGAAAAGAGAGCAUCAUUCCUCUUUUCUUCGUCAUCUCUUUCUUUUGAUUUCUCAGCACACGUUCUCUUGCCCAUGUCGAGCUACUGAAGGUGUUUGCGCGAUAAACUUUUCGAGUAGCGGCACUCCUGAAUGGCCCAGAAGUGGGAGUCAGGAUAAGACACAAAAUUACGGGGUGUGA